AUGGCAAACAAUAUGGCCAAAGAUAUGAUCAUCCGAUUAUAUCCAACGCCAUCUAUUUUUCCAUCACCACUAAAUGUUUGUAAUUUUGCUGUUGAACUACGAAGUUUGUGUCUGUGUCUGCAUCGAUGUUUAUCGAAGUCAGAAUCAUUACUGGAGGAGGAGGAUGACCGUGAAGAUAAUGAGGAUGAUGAUGAUAGCGGGGUCAUCCUGCACUGGCGAGACACCUUGGCUCAGGAUGAUCCAAUAUUAUUUGGCUCAUGUACUGAAGAUUCUGAUUGUCCAGAGAAUGCACUUUGCAAUACCGGUUCAAGCGCAUGUUUCUGUACUGGGGAUUCUGUCUUCGUGGAAUCUGAAUCGGAAGAGGCUCUAGUGUGCCAAAGGGGUGCUUGUAGUCUGAGACUGAGAUCAGAUGAGUGUGCCCCAAAUGGAAUUUGCAGACAUCCUAUGGACGUUUAUGACAUACCUAUCUGCAUUUGUGAAGAGGGAUUUUUUGGAACAAGAUGCAAUGAUUUCUGUGAAAGGAGCAGUGACUGCAAUGGAGGACUUUGUGUUGAAGAGAAAGGACAGAAAGUGUGUGAGUGUCCACCUGGCGCCGAGGGUAAUCAAUGUCAAAUAACGACAUCAACCAGUACAACCACUACAACCACGACAACUACUAUGAGAAAUCGAUUAGGGGGACUGCUCUUGGCGGUGGGAGGGGGUAUCGGUUUAUUAGCCAUCCUAGGAGCAGCAGCUGCAUCUUCAUCCGGAUAACUUAAAACAUGUUAAGACGUAACACAGAAUUGUCAUCGAUGAAGGUGUAUCGUUUGC